GCACACUGAGGGCGCACAACCUGCAGGUUCAUUCUUGUUAACCCAGCCCAGCAUGUGACUGCCUGCCGAUAAGUGAUAUCACAAUAAGUCCCAUCACUGAGCUCCAUCUCUUCCUGUAUGGCUGUUUCCUCUUCUCAGCGCAGCUCGCUGAAGGUUCUGCUGAAAGCCUCUGGAGAUGUUCUGGUUCAGGCAGGGGCUUUGCUUCCUGCCCGCGUUUCUGGUCGUCUGGUCCUCCUGCACUUUCAUCGUCUCCUAUAUUAUUGCGCUCUUCAGAGGCGAUGUGGACAUUAUAUUCCCUUAUAUAAGUGAUACGGGGGCAAAUCCACCUGAGAGCUGCAUUUUUGGACUUAUGACCUUCAUUUCUUCAUGUGCAGGAAUUGCCACCAUAUACGCCAGAUACAAGUUUGUGGAGAAGCUGACUGAGCAGAGCAGCCUGGUCAAACCGUGCCUGAAUAAAGCCACGCUCUGGUUCGGGUUUGCCGCCUGUUUUGGGAUGUGCAUCGUUGCUACUUUCCAGGAAACAGCAGUGACGAUAGUCCAUGAUUUGGGGGCGUUGGUAUUUUUCGUCUCUGGAGUUGUUUACAUAAUCCUGCAGACUGUAAUAUCUUACCAAGCGUUUCCUUAUGACUCGUCCAUCUUUGUGUGUCGAUUCCGUUUGUUCUUCGCAGUCGUUGCCACAGCUGCAUUUUUUCCCACUGCGAUCUGUGCGUAUUUCGUUCAACAAACCACCCUCCACAGGCACACAUAUGACAAGGAUUAUCCGUACCACAUUGCCAGCGCCGUCUGCGAGUGGAUUGUUGCCUUCAGCUUCAUCUGCUUCUUCCUCACAUACAUUCACGAUUUCAAAAUAUUUAAGUUGCAAGUGAGGACAGAAUAUGAGGACUAGACAAUCACCAACUUAAUUUCAAUGAAUUUGUGUAUUUUAUGUAAUUUUUUGCAUGAGAGCUUUUUAUACUAUCGUAUUUUUGCAACUUCACAUAAUAUUUUUCUAUGCUUGAUUAUUGCCGAUGUAUAUUUUAUUUUUUUAAACCUUUUUAUACAAUCAUUUUAUACGAGUAUUAACUUUUUUCCUGUUCAAGCACCACUUUGCACUUUGACUCUUGCCACAGCAUCGUGACACAUCCUGUGAGACCUGUGGCCACUAAUAAGAGAAGUUUGUCAAACAUUUUACAUGUGACACAUGCAGCGCCUGUUGAAAACUUGUGUUCAAGUUGGUUUUAGAAAUAAAUUAAACUUUUGUUGCAGUAGCACAAUUUCAAGAUGAGAAGUUCCUCUAGUUUAUAACUUUUAAAAGAGAGGAGCAAGUUUAGACUAGUAUUCAGUUGUAACUAUCCUGUCUUACUUGAACGGCAUGUUUUGUUUUCACCAUUUUAAAAAGCAACUUUAGAUACUUUGAUCAAUUAAAAAGGUAGACCAGACAAAAAAUGUUUAAUCUUUUAUUUAUAGGAAUUGUUAAGGAGAAAAACAAUUGUGCCAAGUUUUUCUUUUUGGUGGUGAACAUUUUUUUUAUUUUUCUCAAUUUUUCAGUGAGAUUACAUCACUGCAACCAAAGAGUAAUUUAAGGUUUUUAUGCAUCAAAAAUGUGACAUAUACGCUGUGUAAAAAGCAUACAAGUCCAUCAUUUUCUGAACUUAAAGCACCAGUGUGGAGGCUUUAAAGUUGAUCAAGAAGAGACUGAAAACUUACUGUGACACAAAGUGAUAAAAACGUACAGUAUGGAAUUUUGUGAGAAAUAAAGUGCCUAUCUUAUAAGAGGUGAGACAUGUUCAGUCUGCAUAUAAACUCAUCCGGUUUUUGUACUUAGAUGUUUAUUUUUGUUCAAACUAUGAUUAUUUGUCAUCAAUAAUAUUCCAGAUUAUGUGUACAAAACUCACCUUCACUACAAAAUGUUUUUACAAGAGAAAUUUAACUGUAUCCAGCAAACUACUGUCAUACUUUUGACUAAAUGUACUGUAAAGAUUAUUUUCAACAUCUGAAAAAUAAACUGCACGUUUUGUAUGAAUAUA